AGUUGCUCUGGCUGUCUCUCGAACCGACAGGACGAGGAAACCAUGUGCUGGUGAUCAAAUGACCACCAGAGAGAAGCCCAAAAGGAGCAGCAAAAACGUGAAGAAUGCACACCUGAAAAGGGCGCCCAGGGCAUGGAGGUAUCCAAAAACAACAGUGGAUGCCGCGACAGACCGGAGCCCGACUGGCUUUUCUACACUGAAAGAAGCCUUUCAAUGGCCAGAUGUAUUUCUGAAACGAUUAGGAAAGCAUUAUGGUUCUGCAUGGCUCUGUAAAAGGUUGCGUGCAUGGCGAUGGACUUUCUCCACAGCAUUUUCUGGUGUCGGUGCACCAGAAUCUGCUUUGACAAGCUUGGAAAAGGCUGCAGAGCAUUACCUUCAAUCUGUGGGAGCCCGGGUACCGACCCAUCGCAGGGUUCUCUAUGGCUUCACAUGUGAGAUUGACAAGUGCUGCAGAAAUAUCUUGCGCAACACGUACAACAGCCCUUGCAAUUUCCCAGACAUCACCGCUUUCGAUGCAACAAAGAAAACCCAGUUCUGUAGCACGCACAAUGGCAUGUGCAAAGUGCGGAAGCACCGUCGUGGGAAUCGAUUGGAUGUGAAUGCUGGCGGUGUGGUUUGCACACCGUUCAGCAAGAUGGGAGCUCAAGAGGGCACUGCAGCCCCUGCUUUUGCCACGCAUGAGUCAUACUACAAACAAAUGGGGAAAAUACAUGACAUCCUACUGGUGGAGAAUGUCCCAGAGUAUGACACGGACAUACCCCAACAGCACUUGGACCAGUUGCGUGAUGAUGGUGAAGAGAGGGGAAUGUGGGGAAGUGUGUGUGCAGUGGUGGAUCCCAGGAUCUUUGGCGUCCCGGCAGCUAGGGCAAGGUUGUUCUACCUGGCGUUCCGGAAGGACCGGGUGAAGCUGAGGACCGAUGUGACCCUAGAAGAGAUCAUUGGGAUCCUAACAGCCAAAACAGUUGCCACUGCCGACAUGUUCGUAUGGAUGGAGCUCCCUCGAACAGUCCUGACACCUGCCCAGGAGAGAAAUCUUCGAGAUUACCGGAAAAUGAAAUCACUGCGGUAUCCAGACCUAUCGCAGUAUGCUCGGAAUGGUCGGGGACGGGGGGAGUGUGCUGACAAAACCCUCUGCACGUUGACAACUUCCAGUCGACUUUUCUCUGAGGACGCCAAGAGAUUCCUGGAUGCAAAGGAGCUGCUGAGUUCUCAGCUUCUACCCGUGACGCGUGAGCAGAGCCGAUUGAGUCGGGCUCCCCCUUUGUGUUUGGAAGGAAUUCCAGAAGGCCAAAAACAAAAAAUGGCUGGUAACUCUAUGAACGCUGCUUGCAUAGGAGUUUUCUUGUUAGCGGCGAUUCUUUGUUUCGACCCUGUAUAGAUGCAUGCACAAUGAGAGGUUCCUGUUUUCCUGGACCGCCAC